UCUCCCAUAACUACGUGAUGACGUCAGCGAGGGAGAAGAUGGCGACUGUGCUGAAGGCGGAAGCGGGGCAGUGCGGGCGGCCGUGCGUUGUGUGAGACUCUUCCUGCAUGGACUUGCCGCCAUGAGCAACAAGGAGAUGGUUUCCACGGAGACAGAGAACAAAGGACAGAGGAAAGUGUUUCUUCCUAACAAGUUGUUGGAGUGUCUCCCUCGUUUGUCCAGUCUGCCUAACGAGCGGCUCAGGUGGAACACUAACGAGGAGAUCGCGUCUUACCUCAUAUCAUUUGAAAGACAUGAUGAGUGGCUCUCCUGCUCCCUGAAGACCAGGCCGAAGAACGGCAGCAUCAUCCUCUACAACAGGAAGAAGGUCAAGUACAGGAAGGACGGAUACUGCUGGAAGAAGAGGAAGGAUGGAAAGACGACCAGAGAGGACCACAUGAAGCUCAAGGUCCAGGGCAUGGAGUGUCUCUACGGCUGCUACGUCCAUUCCUCCAUCGUGCCAACAUUCCACAGACGAUGCUACUGGCUGCUGCAGAACCCAGACAUCGUUCUGGUCCACUACCUGAACGUGCCGUCCCUGGAGGAUUCUGGGAAAUGCAGUCCGCUGCUGUGUGCCGUGGCCGACCGCCAUGACAGCGUGAGGUGGAGCCGAGACGACCUGCUGAACCAGCUCAAACCCAUGUUUCACAGUAUGAAGUGUUCGUUGGGUUCAGGGGAUUUUAGUAUCGAGGAGUUGGUUCAACACAUUCUGGACCGACAGAGAACCAAACCACAGCCACGCACACACGCCUGCCUUUGUAACACCGGCCAGGUUUCUUCAGGAGUGAACAUUCCUCACCGCUGUAACAGCACCAAGCAUCGCAUCAUCUCCCCCAAACUGCCCCCGUCCUCCUGCAGACCCUCGUCCUCCCCGAUCUCCUCCGAGGGGGGGGAGGCAGGGCGAGGAGGGGGAGGAGAAACCAAACUGCCCCACCUCCAGACUCAGAGCAGCCCCGCCUCGUCUCCCUGCCCGUCGACCACCUCCGCCUCCUCCCCUCCUCAGCCGCACAGAGCCACCAUUACCGUGGGUACCCAUAGCAACGGCUUCUAUGGCGACCGCCACAGCAACAUGACGACGGUCGCACUGCCCCAGAACGCUGUGAUCGUCAUGGCAACAGCCAUGGCAGGAGGAGGAGGAGGCGGGGCCAGGGUCGAGGAGGCGGGACAAGGGAGGAGCCUGUCACUCACGCACUCUGGCCAGUUGCUGCUCUCCCCCGCCGGAAAACCCGCCUCCCCCUCGCCUCCCUCCUCCACCUCCCCCGCCCCUGCCUCUCUCACCCCCCCCUCUGUCCAGGCCACCCUCUCCCUCACCCUCCUCCCCUCACCUGUCAUAGGAGGCCUCCUCCUCACCCCCUCCUCCUCCAACACCUCCUCGUCCCUGUGCUCCCCUCCCCCUACUGCCUCCCCUCCAUCUCCCCCUUCCUCACCCUCACCGCCCCCACCUCCCGCCUCCCUCCCUCCGGCGUUCGACCCCGACUCCUUUCUAAACUCGCCAAAACAGGGUCAGACCUACGGUGGUCCACCGCCUCCCUCCUCCUCCCCCUCCCCAGUCCUCUGCUCCUCCUCCUCCCCGCUCUCUCCCCCAUCCCUCGCUCUCUCUCUCUCCCCCACGUCCACCCCUCCGUCCUCUGUCUCUCCUCCGUCCUCUCUCUCCUCCCUCUCCUCCUCCUUCUCCUCCUCUGAAGCAGACAGGAGAGACCCCGCUGUCCCCCUCCCCUCCUCCUCCUCCUCUCUCCCCCCCUCUCUCUCCCUCGCCCUGUCUCCCACCUCCUCUGUGGCCCAGUCGGUCCUCCCCCUCUGCUUGGAGCUGGGAGCUCUUGGUGAGACAGAGGGAGGGAGAGAGGAGGAGGUGGGUGGAGAUGAUGAUGAUGAUGAUGAAGGCAGUGCUCCACCCACAAAGCUGGCUCUGCUGCAGACAAGCCACACCCCAUCCAGCUCGUCUCCACGACAACAGGCAGGAGGAAGCACCGCCUCGCUGCUCCUGGUUUGCCCGGACUCUGCAGGCCGAUCCACCAAGACGCCCUGUCAGACGCAGCAACAGGCUGAUGGACAGCAGCCAUUGGUCACUGCGCAGCCCUGCAAUCACCUGACUGCACAUGAAGCCCCGCCCCCUGCCGCGAUGUCCCAUCAGCCCCUGGUGUUGCAGCAGAGUCAGUCGGUGUUUGCUAACGAGAAACCUGGUGUGGCGUUUAGCCUGGGGAACAGUGACACUGACGCCGCCUCCACUACUGUCGCGAUGGAUACCUCUCACCCCGCAUCAACCGCGGUCCAGGUGAAAGAGGAGGGUAGGCGGGACUACGACUCCGAGGACAACCGCAUGGACACACACCUGGAGGAGGAGGAGGCGGAGCCCUGUGAGCGGGGAGGGGAGGAGCUCGACAUCUCCUUCGACAGCCAGUUUCCCGACCUCAUCUCUGACCUCAUCACAGAGGAGGCCAAUCCUGUUGCAGCUCAUCCAGCCGCCGCCCCCGCCACCCCCGCCGCCGCACAGAGCCCGGCCGUGUUCCCGGCCGGGGUCCGCUACAUGGUGCCCCCCCAGCCCUCCCCCUCCUCCUCCUUCCUCCCGUUUCCUCACCCGCUGCCCUCUUCCUCCACCACCCGCCUGGCCUCCAUCACAGACUUCUCCCCCGAGUGGUCGUACCCCGAGGGAGGUGUGAAGGUGUUGAUCACAGGGCCGUGGAGCGAGCUGUCGGGUCGAUACUCGUGUGUUUUCGAUCAGAGCACCGUGCCCGCGUCGCUGAUCCAGCCUGGAGUGCUGCGCUGCUACUGCCCCGCGCACGAGGCCGGCCUGGUGUGUCUGCAGGUCCUCGAGUCCGGAGGGUCCGUCUCCUCGUCGGUUCUGUUUGAGUACAGAGCCAGGAACGCCAGCUCUCUGCCCAGCUCGCAGCUCGACUGGCUCUCAUUGGACGAUAAUCAGUUCAGGAUGUCGAUCCUGGAGCGGCUGGAGCAGAUGGAGCGCAGGAUGGCAGAGAUGGCGUCCCGUGACAACCACCACCACCAGCAGCAGCAACAUCAUCAUCAUCAUCAUCAUCAUCAUCAACAUGGCAACCAGCUGGCCACGCCCCCUCCCCCACCGCUACCUGAGGACCAUGAACAGUCGUCUCAGUGGUUUGAGAGGAGGAUUGUGGGAGUGUGUGAGCGGAUGAUGAAGGGAGGACGUUGGGGCGGAGGAGGAGGAGAGAGGCUUCAUCACUCGGUGCGUCACCGCGGAAUGACGCUGCUCCACCUGGCUGCUGCACAGGGAUACACACACCUGAUACACACUCUGAUCCACUGGAGGAGUGUGAACAGCGACAGUUUGGACCUGGAGCAGGAGGUCGACCCGCUCAACAUCGACCACUUCUCCUGCACGCCGCUGAUGUGGGCGUGUGCUCUCGGCCACCAGAGGGCAGCAGAGCUCCUGUACGGAUGGAACAGUUCGGCUUUGGGGAUUCCUGACUCGCUCGGCCGACUGCCGCUCGCCGUGGCUCGUUCCCGCGGACACACCCGCCUCGCCAUGGCGCUGGAGGAGCUGCACACGCACGCACACAUGACACCCGGGGACACGCACACACCUCCGGAUGACACGGCGACAGCAGUGACGCCGCAACCGCAGCUGCCCCCGUCUCCGCUCUCCACCAGCCCGGACACAGGUCUGAGCUCCUCCAGCAGCCUCCCCUCCCCCAGCGACCCCUCGUCACCUUCACCAAGCUCCGCCUACUCCAGUGGCCCCGCCCCCAUGGACACCUCCCCUUCCUCCCUCUCGUCUCCUUCCUCCUCCUCUUCGUCUCUGCCUGUCUCCCCUCCCUCCCCCUCCUCCCUCCCCCUGUCCUCUCUCCCUCCUGUGUCUAUGUGGGCGGAGGAGCCUAAUGCCGGGCUGAGCACAGGUUUGACCCCGUGCGGCUCCAGAGACUCUCCUCUGUACCUCAUGGACUACGAGAACGCCUCUCCCCCCUCCCCCGGCCACACGUACCCGCACACUCGAACGGUUGGCGGGCGGCGAGCUCACAUGGCUGCGACACUGGAGGAGCAGCUGCUGAGCUACAGUGAGAACGCCGAGAAUGAAGGCGAGGAGGAGGAGUACCUGGAGGAGGAGGUGCUGCAGGUUGACAUGGCAACGCUGGCAGAGCAAAUCAUCGAGGCGACCCCCGAACGAAUCAAGCAGGAGGACUUCCCCAGGGGGGCAGAGUCACCCCUCCGAGAGAGGCGGGAAAACCCGGCCAUACAGGACACAUGGCUGGCCACGUACCUGGACACGGUGGACGCCCACACACACUCCCCGCCCAGGCGGGUGUGCCCCCCGUCACCCCUCAGCGCUCUGGCUCUCCAGAGGCUCCGCCCCCCCUCCUCUGCAGCUUGGGCGGAGUUCCUGAACGCCUCAGCCAAUGGGAAGAUGGAGAGAGACUUCGCCCUUCUUACACUGACGGACGGAGAGCAGAGGGAGCUGUACGAGGCCGCCAGGAUCAUCCAGAACGCUUUCAGACGUUACAAGGGUCGGAGGUUAAAGGAGCAGCAGGACAUGGCUGCAGCCGUCAUCCAGAGAUGCUACAGGAAGUACAAACAGUACGCUCUCUAUAAGAAGAUGACCCAGGCGGCCAUCUUGAUUCAGUCUAAGUUCCGGUCGUACUACGAGCAGAAGCGUUUCCAGCAGAGUCGGCGUGCGGCCGUCCUCAUCCAGCAGUACUACCGCAGCUACAAGGAGUACGAGAGGCUGAAACAGGCGCCGAGAGGAGCUGCCAGCCACAACCCCAAGAUCAAGGGGUCGUUCUUGACGAAGAAACAGGACCAGGCAGCCCGGAAGAUCAUGAGGUUCCUGAGACGCUGCAGACACAGGAUCAAAGAGCUGAAGCAGACGAGGGAGCUGGAGAGGAGAGGACUGACCACCUAAAACUUUAACUCACUUCAUCCAGGAGGAGAGGAGGAGAGACAGACGGGCGAUGGAGGAGGAGAGACAGACGGGCGAUGGAGGAGGAGGAGAGACAGACGGGCGAUGGAAGAGAGGGAGGAGAGACAGACGGUUGACGGAGGAGAGACAGACGGGCGAUGGAAGAGGCGAGACAGACGGUUGAUGGAGGAGGAGAGACAGACGGUUGAUGGAGGAGGAGAGACAGACGGUUGAUGGAGGAGGAGAGACAGACGGUUGAUGGAGGAGGAGAGACAGACGGGUGCCUUACUCCACACCCAAACUUGUUUCUUCAUUUCCUCCGCCUCUUUGAAUUUUUAUAUAUCUAUCCGUCUGUCUGUCUGUGUGUCUGUCUGUGUGUGUGUGUGUGUGUGUGUGUGUGUGUGUCUGUCUGUCUGUCUGUCUGUCUGUCUGUCUGUCUGUCCACAUCAUCUGAAGACACACUCCUCCGUCUCGUCCCUCCUGAGAGACACAGCUGAGGGUAAAACCAGCUUCUCUGCCUCCCAGAAUCCUUUGCUGUUGUGGCGUGAGGACUGAGAGACAGGCGUUGUGUUUGAGGGUCGUCUGAACAAUCAGAAAUGAGAUGUUGGUGGUGUGUACAUGAGUCUAACAAAGUACUUUAAAUCUAUUUAAACACAAUCACAUAUUUACAAACGUAUAGAAAUCUAAAUAUAUAUUCUAAUGUGGACUUUAUAGAUGCUAUGGAUGUUUUUAUUUAUUACAGCAUGAACUGUUAAUGUGACCGUAUGAGUGUGUGUGUGACUGUGUGUGUGCUGACUGUAAGGUCGAGUCUUAAGGAACCCCUCUGACCUCUGACCUCAGACUGAGGGUGUAAUCAUUGAUGCUUCUUUGGAUACCUUGUGUUUAAACCAAUACAAUCUAAAUGUUAACGAUCGUUAGAACAUCUGUUUCAUGAGACGGCCAACAAACCCAGAAGGAAAAUAUAAACAUUACGUUUUUGUAGAGUUGAGACCGUGACAAUUUCACCACAAAGAGACACUAAAAGACUACAAAGAGACACAUUAGGACUACAAAUAGACAUUAGGACUACAGAGAGACAUUAGGACUACAAAUAGACAUUAGGACUACAGAGAGACAAAGGACUACAGAGAGACAUUAAGACUACAAAGAGAUACAAAGGACUACAGAGAUACAAAGGACUACAGAGAGGCAUUAGGACUACAAAGAGACACAAAGGACUACAGAGAGACAUUAGGACUACAAAGAGAGACAAAGGACUACAGAGAGACAUUAGGACUACAGAGAGACAUUAGGACUACAAAGAGACACAAAAGACUACAGAGAGACAUUAGGACUACAGAGAGACAUUAAGACUACAAAGAGAGACAAAGGACUACAGAGAGACAUUAGGACUACAGAGAGACAUUAAGACUACAAAGAGAUACAAAGGACUACAGAGAUACAAAGGACUACAGAGAGGCAUUAGGACUACAAAGAGACACAAAGGACUACAGAGAGACAUUAGGACUACAAAGAGAGACAAAGGACUACAGAGAGACAUUAGGACUACAGAGAGACAUUAGGACUACAAAGAGACACAAAGGACUACAGAGACACAUUAAGACUACAAAGAGAUACAAAGGACUACAGAGAGACAAAGGACUACAGAGACACAUUAAGACUACAAAGAGAUACAAAGGACUACAGAGAGACAUUAGGACUACAGAGAGACAUUAGGACUACAGAGAGACAUUAGGACUACAAAGAGACACAAAGGACUACAGAGAGACAUUAGGACUACAGAGAGACAUUAGGACUACAAAGAGAGACAUUAGGACUACAAAGAGACAUUAGGACUACAAAGAGAGACAAAAGGACUACAGAGAGACAAAGGACUACAGAGAGACAAAGGACUACAGAGAGACAUUAGGACUACAAAGAGAGACAAAGGACUACAGAGAGACAUUAGGACUACAGAGAGACAUUAGGACUACAAAGAGAGACAAAGGACUACAGAGAGACAUUAGGACUACAGAGAGACAUUAGGACUACAAAGAGAGACAAAGGACUACAGAGAGACAUUAGGACUACAAAGAGACAAAAAGGACUACAGAGAGAGACAUUAGGACUACAAAGAGACAUUAGGACUACAGAGAGACAUUAGGACUACAAAGAGAGACAAAAGGACUACAGAGAGACAUUAGGACUACAAAGAGAGACAAAGGACUACAGAGAGACAUUAGGACUACAGAGACACAUUAAGACUACAAAGAGAGACAAAGGACUACAGAGAGACAUUAGGACUACAGAGAGACAUUAGGACUACAAAGAGACACAAAGGACUACAGAGAGACAUUAGGACUACAAAGAGACAUUAGGACUACAGAGAGACAUUAGGACUACAAAGAGAGACAAAAGGACUACAGAGAGACAAAGGACUACAGAGAGACAUUAGGACUACAAAGAGAGACAAAGGACUACAGAGAGACAUUAGGACUACAAAGAGACACAAAGGACUACAGAGAGACAUUAGGACUACAGAGAGACAUUAGGACUACAAAGAGAGACAUUAGGACUACAGAGAGACAUUAUGACUACAAAGAGAGACAAAGGACUACAGAGAGACAUUAGGACUACAAAGAGACAUUAGGACUACAGAGAGACAUUAGGACUACAAAGAGAGACAAAGGGCUACAGAGAGACAUUAGGACUACAAAGAGACACAAAGGACUACAAAGAGACACAUUAGGACUACAAAGAGACACAAAGGACUACAAAGAGACACAAAGGACUACAAAGAGAGACAUUUGGACUACAGUUUGUAGUUUGGGCACCAAUAGCCUAGUGGUUAUUUCAUGCGCCCAAUGUACAGAGACUAUAUUCCUUGGCGUGGGUGUGAAUCUGACCUCGGCCCUUUGCUGCAUGCCGUCCCCCCACUCUGUCCACCCAACAUUUCCUGUCUCUCUUCAGCUGUCCUAUCUCAAAAAUAACAACAAAAAAGACUACAGAGAGACUCAAGAGGAAGUGACGCAGAAUAAAGUUCUUCAAAAGGGACCUGGGAGACACAACACAAGGACAAAUCAGCCAAUCAGAGCACAGCUGAGCUGCACGCGGCCUCAUAUCUCCUCUUAGGAAACACUGCAGAGGACCGUGAUGUAACUCUGACAUCACUUCUGGUCUGAUGAUGUCACAGGUCAGACCAUGGGGGGCAUGGGGGGGGUUCCCUUUUAACUGUACGUCUGGCAACUUUCAGGACAACAACGCCGUUUUCACUGUCACACGUCCAAAACGAGACUCCCUGAUUUGUUUGACAAGUGUGAACAGACUGAAUGACUCUGGGCUGUUGUCAUGGAAACCACAGCCUCUAGAGCCCAGCAUGAUUUCCUCAUCGGCAGGUGUUUGACACGUUUGUCUUUGGCUUGUUUUCAAUUUGACCAGAAAUACAUCUUCACUUGUUGUUUCUUCUUCUUCAGUUUCUUCUUCUUUGGCUGUUGCAGUGAUGCUUUGCAUGAGUUUGUAUAAACUGUUCUACAUUUCAAAUCCUUUCAGAUGAAAUACAGCUUUCUGUGAGUCAGCUGAAUAAAUCAGCCGUUUGCAUUUGU